AUCUUCUUCGGUCAGGAGGAAAGGGUUUAUAGGCCGGGUAAUUAAAUUCACAGCAUUCUGCCAUGAAAUGGCGGCAAGCGCGAGGUGAAGGCGAUAGACUCUGACUCCAAACGCCGAGUUGUGGAUUUUAUUUUGAAUUUGUUUCGUCUACUGGCCAGGCAGGCCGAUGAAGAUGAUGCGUGAUGGACUGAAGUUGUGGAGUAACGGCUCAGAGGCCCACAGCAGUGACCCUGAGGAGGAUGAGGAUGAGGAGGAGAUGUUGUUUGGGGAGAAUGAUGAAGAGUCAGAGGACAUGAUGGACUUGAGUGACCUGCCCACCUCACUGUUUGCCUGCUCUGUACACGAAGCUGUGUUCGAGGAGGACAGGCAGCGGGAGCGUUUCGAGUCUCUGUUUCGGAUCUAUGACGAUCAAACAUCCUUCCAGAUGUUUAAGAGUUUCCGGAGAGUGCGGAUCAGCUUCAGUACGCCAGAGGCCGCUGCACGCGCUCGCAUCGAGCUCCACGAGUCUGAAUUCAACGGCUCCAAACUCAAACUUUAUUUUGCACAGGUGCAGAACUCUGGUGAGGAUGUGGAUAAGGCAUAUCUGGCCCCGCCCCAACCUGUGAAGCAGUUCCUCAUCUCUCCACCCUCUUCCCCACCUGUGGGAUGGAGCCAAAGCGAAGACGCCACCCCCGUCAUCAACUAUGACCUUCUGUGUGCCGUGGCCAAACUGGGCCCAGGUGAGAAAUACGAGCUGCACGCAGGUACGGAUUCCACUCCCAGCGUGGUCGUGCAUGUGUGCGAGAGUGAGACAGAGGAGGAAGACGAGGCCCGGCCCAAGAUGAAAAUCGUCCAGACACGACGUCCCGACAGCCCUCCGAAAGUCUACAACUAAACCCACCUCUCUGCAUGUGUCCUCUGUCUAAAUCUGUCUCUCUCUCUCAUAUGGAGGCAAAGACACCCUUCAUUUCAGCUCUAAUUUAAAAAAAAAACCUUAUAAAAUUGAAAAGAAAUUUAGAGGGGAGAGUGUUUCUCGCUCGCGAUAGGAAAGGACGGACCGAGUUAGUCUUGACUGGAAGAACUGACACACAGACACGUCACCGUCUCACAGAAAAGCAAAGGUAGCAUGGAAGAGGGGGUAAGAUACCUCCUGCAAUCAGAGCACUUUUCAUUCACUCAUUCACACACUCCUGUAGUCUCCUGUAGCAUUAGAGGAUCAGUAGAAAUCUAAAUGUAUCUUAAUGUAGUAGUAGAUGCUGAAGUAGUGGUUUCAUAUCAGACUUUAUUUCUAGCAUUCAGUAACUGGUCAUGGAGGAAUAACACAAAGGGAAGCAAUGUUUUCUUUUUUGCAGAUUUUAACUCGCAUAUCAGGCGAUGUGUUGGGUUUAUACAGUCCACGUGAUCCGGAUGUGUGUGUUAGUGAUGCAUUAACAUGCAGAGAGAAAGCGAGAAGUUAAUUGUACACACACCACCUGCGGUUGCUGUCUUCUGAAAGGGUUGGUUGGAAUUUUUUUUUUUUUUUUACUUAUAAACUUGGAAAUGUUUGUUUACUAAACUAUAUGUGUGUUGUGAUUAAUAUUGUUCUUACCAUGUAUUUGAUACCACAAGCAUUCUUUGCAUGUUAACUGCUGUAGCUAAACACGGAGUGUUUUAUACUGAACGACAGAAAUCGAACGAUCCUGAAGUUAGCCUUCAAUACAUAUCCUGCUGCUGCUCAGGAGUCUAGAAGGCUGUAAAGGCAUUACGGUUGGAGCGAUUGUCUGCAUAUCUGUAGGGUGUUUUUGUUUUUUUGUUUUUUCAAAAGAGCUAGCAUCUUCCUGGUGUGAAUUACAGAGGAGGAAAUCUUUUAAACGUUUUUAUUUUAAUUUCUUUCAGUCUAUUUUCAGCCCUGUGCUUUCGGUCUUUUUCUGCUCAGCUUGCUUGGUGUUUUGAGAAAUCGGAGAUUUCAACCCGUUUUGGGAUUUUGUCAUUUAUAAAAAACACAAACCCUCAACCGUUGAAAGUCGUCACAUGAAAUGCCCUUUAACUUGUAAAAUAAGGUGUCAGGUGAUUAGCAUUUUGUGAUGUGAAGAGUCACAUGAGGAGAAAGCAUCAUGAAAUUAGUUUGGUAUGGGAAAUGUCAUUUUGACUUACAAGUGCAUAGGACACAAUGGCUUGUAUAAAUCCUGUAAGAUAAUCCUACGACAGGUUAAUUUUGUGUUUCAGCGUGUCCUUUUUGCUCUUGAGGCACACACGUUUUACACUCCACAGCCAGUUGCACCAGCAGAACGUAAGCUCUUUCAUAUGCUAGUUUGAACGUAAAUGGCCGCCUUUUUUUAAAAAAAAAAAUUAAGCCUUACGUUAUAUCUUAAUCUUUCCACCUAUCCCCUAAAGUUGCAACAUCCACUGUAAAUAAAAUUACUCUGCAAGUCCGUUCAGACUGGGCAAUGUAAAAGAACACUUGCGCCUAUUACCUCCAUUUUGUUUUCUUUGCCUUUUAUUAUGAUGAUUUCUUCAUGUAGAUAGUUAUGAUAUAUGAUCACUGCUUAUGGACAACUCACAGAAAGAUUUCUGUAACAGGGCAUAUUUAAAAGGAAAGGAUUCUAAUACAACAAAUAUGCUGUUUUUAUAUAUAAAAAAAAAAACUUUCUUUUGUUGUGCAAAAUGUCAUCAGACUGAGACAUUGGCAGUGUAAUAUACACCACAAAAGAUUUUAAAAGUUUGCUAUUAAUCUAAUAUUAUACUGUCUGAAAAGCACAUUCAUAUGUGGAUUAGUGGACUAGGCAUUAGUUAUUUUUUGUUGGUAUGAUUUGUUACUAAUGCUGUUAAAUUUGUGGCAUUAGAGCCCAAGCAGCAGAACUGAACAAGCGCAUACCAGUAUAAAAUACAAGACGUGGAUAAACUGAGUCACGAUUUUAUUGUAAGGCACAAUCCAUUUAUAUUUUACCUAGAUAAAAAAAAUCAACUAGCUUGAAGUAGCACUACUAGUUACGGCAUACCUUAAGUGUCUGGUGCAGCUGAAAUUCUACACCCUGCUAGUUUUAAACUAACUUCUCUCAAUGUAUGGUUGAGGACUAGCAUGCAGUCAAACUUGCCUUCAGCUGGUGCAGCUGUUGACAAUUGAGUCCAGGAAUUAUUAUUAUUAUUAUUAUUAUUAUUAUUAUUAUUAUUAGGAAAGAUCAUUGAUUUGUUUGGUUAUUUGCAUGAAUUGGUAAACAUGCGCUGACAAAAUGACUACCAAAACCCCACUGUGAAUGCAAAUCAACCACAAAGAAGUAAAAAUAUGAAUGCAGAUCAGAAGCUCAUAUAUAUUUUGUACUGUGGUGAGAAGAUCUCUAAAUGAUUCCUGGCAGAAAUAUGUUGAUUGCUUUGUAUAAUACUUUGUCAGUGUUGUCAGUUGGUGUAAGCAGCUUGGACAUUGCCGUUUUAUAUAAUUCUGUCUGUCAUGGGUGUCAUUUUCCUUGUCGUCUGUUGUCGCCUUUUCCAUGUCAUUUACUUCAUCAUUCUUGCUGUCAUUUUAAUAUGACACUAUGCCUAUUGUCUGGUUGUGCCAUUCUUCUGUUGUCUCAUUCUGUCUAAAUUUACAAGCUAGUAAAAAAGUCAUGGCUUGACUGGUAGCAAAGUUCUUCACAGUGACAGAUGCUCAUUGAUUUCCCUAUGAACUGGUCUAAGUAUUUUCAAGUCAAGUCAUGUGUUGGUGUUGUUCAGAGUAGUUUUCUGGAUGAGGGAAAUGAAUGCAUAGCUUUUACUUUGUCCAGAGCACUUAUUUACUCAUCCUUUUUAUAUUGUUCGUAAUGAUUUGGUCAGCAAAGCAGACGAGAGGAUGAAUGGCACAAAUAAAGAACAGGAUUAAUGUAACAGCCAGAUAAAAGGAUGCAUCAAACCAACAGGGAGUAUAAGACAACAGUAUGAAAAUGACAAGCCAGAUACACAUCCAGGACAAAUCAGUAGCCUGAGAGCCCGAGCAGAUUUACUGUCCUGGCUGUUAGUUUUUUUUAUUCAUAGUUGCCAGGUUGACAAGCAGGUUCAACAACCAGAGAAUGAAAAUAAACCCUUCUUCCUAUUGGUUUGUGAUGAUAUGCUAGAAAAUAAGGAUUAUGGUUACACAGUCAUCUCCUCCCCAGGAAUUUAUAUAUUUAUUAAUUUCCCUUAGCCUCUAUUAAUACCCUUAAUAUUUUUACCCAGUCAGUGUUCAGGCAACUAAAAUAUGUGAGUGAAUGGGCAAGCACCCUGGAGCUUCCGCUCGCCAAGUGGCUAGCUAGUAAAUGUAUCAUUUGCACACCCCUGCACAUCAGUAUUGUACAAUGCAGUCAACAUAUUUUUGGUAGUAAUCGGACCUCAGACAUUUCCCAUGAAAGAGAGGAAGGUGUUACUGUGAUCACAAAGCCUUUCGAUAAUGAUGAUGAGUUGAACAAGUUGUCCUGUGUGUGAAAGACAACCUUAAAAUGUUAAAACACACAUGAACAAAUAACACAAAAUUACACAUUAACCACAUGCUCUGUGGGAAGCUGAGAGAGUAUUUCAACAUAACCACAUGCAAUUUCAUAUGUGUUCUUAUGUAAAAAGAAUGCUUUUAGCAUGCAAGAUAAACUUUAAUUCAGUACAA